CUGAUCCCUAAGGCCGAUAGAAAAAAGGUUCACGAGUACCUGUUCCGCGAAGGUGUCCUGGUCGCAAAAAAGGAUUUCAGCAUCACGCACCCAGACAUCGAGACCAAAAACCUUUUUGUAGUCAAAGCCUGUCAGUCAUUGACAUCGCGCGGAUACGUUAAGACACAAUUUUCAUGGCAAUAUUACUACUACACUUUAACACCUGAAGGUCUUGAUUAUCUUCGGGAAUGGCUUCACACUCCUGCCGACAUUGUCCCAGCAACUCACAUCAAGCAACAGCGAUCGCAUGCCCCGCCUCGUGGAAUGAUGAGUGGCGAAGGCGAACGUGAGCGAAAACCUUUCGCUGGGCGGGGUCGUGGCGGUGAUCGUGGAGACCGAGAAGGAGGAUAUCGCAGGCGUGAUGCUGGAGAGGGUAAAGAAGGAGGUGCACCGGGCGAGUUUGCUCCCCAAUUCCGGGGUUUUGGUCGCGGUGCUGGAAGAGGCGGAGCUUCUUAG